UGAUUUCAGGGAUCAAAGUCAAAGUAUAUAUAUGACAUGACGCCGAACGGCCCAAGUGCCGAUUUGUGAGUGCAGAGACAGGGACGCCGAUGCACGUGUAUUCUGAUGUAUCCGCGAGUGAGGGAGGAGAGCAGUAAGACGGGAUCGGCGAGGUUAAUCGCGCGGAUGUCCGGCGUUCCUCACGUAUUAAUUUGAUACGUUGCGCGUGCUUUUAGGAUCAUCGCGCGCGCGUCGCUUUGACAGCUACCGCCGAUCGAUGACGGCAGGAAUGUUCACGUACGUGUGGAGCCUGGUGUGCUGGUACUUCAGGCCGUUGGUAAAAUGGUUCUUGCACCAGACCACGCAGAUGUGCGAGCUCCAGAGAAUCUGCUACGGGCAGCCGUCCGGGGCGCCGCGGACGUUCGCGGUGAAGGAAUGCCUCGGGCGGUCGCGCAAUUCAAACAUCAGGACUCUCGUCGCGUACCUGAACGACGUCGCCGAUCGGCGUGGGAUAACCACGAGGACGGAGCGCAAGAUCCUGGAGGACGCGAUCAGGACCGUGCUGGUGACGAAGAAGAUCAAUCCCACGGCUCAUCCUGAUUUCCCCAAGUCGUUCGGCAAGUGCGUCGAGCUGAUCUGGGGCUACCGUCAGCUGUGCGUGGAGUGCGAGGACCUGAGGAAGACGUCGUACAACUCGGACAAUCCGGAGCACGAGCGGCGGCUGCUGAAGCUGUGGGACCUGCUGAUGCCGUACGAGCCCCUCGACGCAAGGGUGACCAAGCAGUGGCAGGAGAUCGGCUUCCAAGGGGACGAUCCAAAGACGGAUUUCCGCGGGAUGGGCAUGCUGGGACUGGAAAAUCUCGUUUACUUCGCUCAAGAGUACCCCAGCACGGCGACGCACGUGUUGUCGCACUCGCAUCAUCCGCGUUACGGCUACGCGUUCGCCAUCGUCGGUAUAAACCUCACCAGCAUGGCGCUGAGGCUGCUGAGGGACGGCAGCGCUCAGACUCACGUAUACAACUCCUCGAAGACCCUGCCGACGAUUCGUGCCUUUCAUCAGUUUUACUGUUACCUCUUUUACGAGUUCGACGGAUUCUGGAUCGAGUCCAGACCCAGUAAUAUUAUGGAGUUCUCCUCGAUACAGGAGAAGUUUGAGAAAAGUAUCAGAACGGCAUUGACUAAUCCGUCAACCGUUUUUAGGAUAAACGUGGCGGUCGACAAUAUUUAAUUGCGGACGCGGAUGCCUUUUACAAAUGCAUAAGACGAGACCAAAAUGGUUUUAUAGAGAACAAGUACAAUUUCCGGGCUAGUACGCGUAAAAACUGAUCUUUUACAUCUACGUGUAUAGGUUUACAAUAUCGGCUUUAGUUGUGAUAUUUAAAUGGCAUUUUAUUGAAUGACAGAUCGUUAUAAAGAUCACUAUUUUUCUUUUAUAGUGCAUUCACAUAUGAACGUUAUGUACUUUUAACUGUAAUUUUAUUUUAUAUAUAUAUAUCCUUUUUCAUAGGUUUAUGUACAUUUACAUAUAAAUAGAUUAUGUAAAUUUACAUAUAGAUUCCUCAUUUCUGUGAAAGAAAUUGUAGGUCAAUGCUUGCCAUAUGUGCAUUUGGUUAAAUUGUGCAUAACGUUACAUGUGAUUUUAUGAGCAUUGUCACUUGUGCCUCUUGUAUUUUAGUUUAAAUAAUCUGAAGCAUAUUUAUACUUGAAAUAUUUAUUGUAAAACGUAAUGAAAAUAUAUUUAAGCUAGAUGGCUCAUCGUAUUGUAAAAAA